ACUAUUGACGUUUGCCUUUAUAAACCAGGAAGAAGUAGCCUCUUCGUAUAUUAAUUCUAAACGAAAGUAGAAACGGAGGGAUAUUAUCACGAGGAACAGUGAAACGCAAUCAUUGAAAACCAGCCUAUCACACAUUUUAAGGUGCCGAAAUGGUGAACUGCUGUGGAUUGAUAACUGUCAAGAAUGAACCAGUGCCUCUGAAGAGUAUUGCUGUGGAAGUGAGUGUCCAGGGGCAUGUGGCCACUGUGAGCUCCACUCUGCAGUAUGAGAACCAGGAGGAGAGCCCUCUGGAGGCCAUCUUUGUUUUCCCUCUGCCAGGAGAGGCUGCUGUCUGCAGGUUCAGCGCCAAGAUAGGACAGACUGAGGUGGUGGCUGAGGUUCAGGAGAAACAAAAGGCGCGGGAGCAGUAUGAUGAUUCGUUGAGCUCGGGCCAGCAGGCCUUCCUAUUGGAGGAGAGUGAUGAGAGCCCGGAUGUGUUCAAGCUGAGUGUAGGUAGUCUGCCUCCAGGGGAGAAGGCCUCUGUCAGCCUAGACUAUGUGACAGAGCUGGCUGUACAGGCUGACGAUGGCCUGAGGCUCUGCCUGCCCGCCGUGCUCAACCCCCGCUAUCAACCCCAGGGGUCAGACAGUGGUAGUGGUGGCAGUGCCCUGGUGUCCUCGGUGCCUGCUGCUUCUGUGCCCUACAGUCUGUCCCUCAGUGCCCGUGUGUCGUCCCCUCAUCCCAUCUGUAGAGUAGAGUCCAACUGUCCCCUGGACCCACUCAACUACCUCAACACAGAGAAAACCCAAGCCACGGUCAGUCUGGCUGCAGGUCAUCAAUUUGACCGGGACGUUGAGCUGUUGUUGUAUUACCAAGACACCCAUCAGCCUACUGCUAUAGUAGAGGCAGCACAGACUUCUGCCAUGCCAGGCUCUCUGAUGGGCGACCCAGUGGUCAUGCUGAGCCUGUACCCAGAGUUCCCCAACGAUGUGAUGUCAUCGAUGACCUCACUCGGGGAAUUCCUUUUUGUUGUGGAUCGCUCUGGCAGCAUGUCAUUCUCCAUGCACAAUGGGUCUGGGGCUCAGGACCGCAUUGGCAGUGCCAGGGAUACUCUGCUGCUCUUGCUGAAAAGCCUGCCAAUGGGGUGCUACUUCAACAUCAUCGGCUUUGGGUCCAGUUAUGAGUCCUUCUUUCCUAAGAGUGUGGAGUACAGCCAGAAGACCAUGGAUGAGGCUCUGCAGAAGGUGAAGGCAAUGAGGGCUGACCUGGGAGGUACAGAGAUCCUCCAGCCUUUAAAACAUAUCUACAGCCAGCCCUGCCUCCCCGACCAGCCCAGACAGCUCUUCUUGUUCACUGAUGGUGAGGUGGGGAACACCAAGGAAGUCCUGGAUCUGGUGAAGGCAAAUGCUGGCUCUCACAGGUGCUUCUCCUUUGGGAUUGGAGAGGGGGCCAGCUCUGCUCUCAUCUCUGGGGUGGCCAAGCAGGGCGGAGGGCACGCACAGUUUAUCACAGGACAGGACAGGAUGCAGCCCAAAGUAAGAGAGUCCCUCCGGUUUGCCCUGCCGCCGGCUGUGGUGGACAUCUCAGUCAAGUGGAAUGUCCCAAAGGGGGUGUCUGUCACCCCUCUGUCUCCACCAAUCAGAGUGCUCUUCCAGGGUCAAAGGGCACUGCUGUAUGCCCAGCUCACUGGGAAGAGCUCAGGGGACACAGAGGGCUCAGUGACAGUGAAGUACAGCCUAGCUGAGCAGCCUGUUGAGAACCAGCUGAGCUUCAGUCUCAAGCCUACAGAGGACACUGGACUGACCGUCCACAGGCUGGGGGCUCGAACCCUGAUCCGCUUCCUGGAGAUGGAAGAGAGACAGGGGGAUGGGGAGAAGGGAGUGAAAGAGAAGGUGGUAGAGCUCAGUGUUCAAUCAGGAGUGAGCAGUGCCUUUACUGCCUUCAUCGCUGUCCACAAAGUAGAUGGAGAGGCUGUGCAAGGACCGAUGCUACGCAGACAAGUCCCCACGCCAAUGUUGUGUCAGAGAUCCAGGACCAUGUCCUUGCUGCGUAGCUCGGCUAUGCCAGGGAGGAUGCAGGGUAGUAUGGCUAUGCACCAGAGGAUGUACAGGGGUCUAAAGGGAGCUUUACUGGGAAAAGACUCUGGUGAUGAUGUAUCAGACUCUGACAUAAACUACAGAGGGUAUAUGGGUUUUCGUCGUCCGAGGAAGAGGAAUGGGACGAAAGUGCAGCGUGACUCUGACUGUCCAGCCCCAGCCUCUGAUCCUGCAAUGGACCCUCUCCUCCAGCUGAUCUCCCUCCAGAAGGCCUCUGGUUCCUGGGUCCUGGAGGCAGCGUUGGCUGAGGUGCUGGGGAAGACUGAGGAGGAGGUGGCCAAGCCAAAGCCUGCACCGGUGGACCAGGAGGUGUGGGCCACGGUUCUAGCCCUGGUAUGGCUCUAUGGGUUCAAGAUGGAGGCUCAGGAGGAGUGGCAGUUUCUGGCCAUGAAGGCAGUAUCAUGGAUCCAGGCUCAGAAAGCAGCCAGUGUGUCCGAGUGUGUCCAGGCUGGGAACACCCUUCUGGGUUGCCAGGUGCAGAAAGAAACCCUGGGAUUCUGAGACGUUCACCCUGGCUGUCCCCCACAUUCCUGCUACUCUACCUGGGGUAAGAUAUACAUGCAAACCCACCUGCUCCUGGUCCCCUCCUCAAAGCAACAUGGUGGAACUAGCUACUGUACUGGUCUGAACAAGCCUAAUUAUCAACCUCUUACCUAUAUUAGCCUACUGUCAUUUAAUGUAGGGGCACUUAUGUAUCUCAAUGUAUUGGUUGUUAUUAACAUAUCAACAUGAAUCUAUGUAUUACAUAUACAGCUAUACUUGUUAGACUUUGCUUUGGUUAUCAAUUCCAUAAAGCCUACUGGAAACAAUGUGUUAACAGUACUUGUCAUCACUAACCAAAAUGCUUGGUAAAAUGGAAAGCAAGAUGAGUGCCUUUCCUAGUGCCUUUACUGUGUGAUCAUGUAACACUGUCUAUAUUCAUGUAUUUCCUCAUAUUUUACCACUGUACUUAAAUCAUAUGAUAAAAUCAAUGAUAUUCUA